AUGGCGGAGCCGGGGAUGGAGCCGGAGCUGGAAGCGGAGCGGGGCCCGGAGGCGGUGACGGCCGAGGCGGUGCUGAGGGAGCUGCGGCUCUUCGAGCUGAGCUGCGAGGGCGAGGAAGUGCCCGACAAGCUGGUGGAGCUGUGUCUCAGCCACGGGCUGGGCCCGGUGGCCUUGGCCAACGAGCUGCUGGCCUUUGUCACCAGCAAGGACCUGGACCUGCAGCUCACCCCCGAGGGCCUGGUCGCCUUCGAGCACGAGGUGCUGGCCAAGCGCGGCAGCCGCGGGCGGCGCGGGAGGGACGAGCGCCGGGGGCUGCUCCAUGAUAUCCACUCGCUGCAGGGGCUCCUGGAUGAGGAGCAGGAGGACGAGCUGCUGGACGCCUACACCACCCCAUCCAAGGGCUCCCACAAACGCAGCAAUUCCACCCCUGAGACCCCCCAGGCCAAGCGGGCGCCGCCGUCCCGCAGCCCCUUGGGGCUCUUCUCCCCCGGCAGCUUCUCCCCAAGCGUGACCCCCUCCCAGAAAUACUCGUCCAGGACAGGCCGGGGUGAGGCCGUGGCCGCGUUCGGGGCCGUGCAGGGCCAGGCCUGGCUGGGCACUGCUGGUGGCACUGCUGGUGGCACCGCUGGUGGCACAGCUGGCACUGGCAGCACCGGUGUCACCGUCAGAGCCUUCGGCAGCCCCGAGCAGCUCCUGAGCCAGCCCUACAGGUUCAUGUUCCAGAAGCUUCUGGAUGUCAGGGAAGCGCUGGCCGAGCGGGUUGAGGAGCUCGGGGAGGUUCUGCGGAGGCACCACGGCCUGGAGGGGUUCAGCUCGGCCGUGAUCCCGGCACAGGAGCCGGUGACGGUGCUGGGCACCAUCAGCUGUGACGGCAACGGGAAGCUGAACCCCAAAUCCGUGCUGCUGGUGGGGGACAGGGAGCACUCAGGGGGGGCCCAGGUACCCCUGGACCUGUCUGAGCUUCCAGAAUAUUCCCUGUUCCCAGGCCAGGUCGUGGCCCUGGAAGGCACCAACCCCACGGGCAGGAGGAUGGUGGUGACCAAAAUCUACGAGGGGGUCCCUCUGCCCUUCCACACCCCCACGGAGCCCAUGCCAGAGGCGCGGCGGGUGCUGGUGGCCUGCGGUCCCUUCACGCCCUCGGACGGCGCCGCCUUCGAGCCCCUGCGGGACCUGCUGGGGGUGCUGAGCAGGGAGCGGCCCGACCUCUGCAUCCUGUUUGGGCCCUUCCUGGAUGCCAAGCACGAGCAGGUGGAGAGCUGCCAGCUCCUGAGCCCCUUCUCGGACGUGUUCAGGCUCUGCCUCAGGACCAUCAUCGAGGGCACCAGGAGCUCAGGCUGCCAGCUGGUUCUGGUGCCCUCUCUCAGGGAUGUCUCUCACCUGCCCGUGUACCCUCAGCCGCCCUUCGCCUUCCCGGAGCUGCCCAAGGAGGACAGAGCGCGGGUGCUGCUGCUGCCCGAGCCCUGCACUCUGGACGUCGACGGCGUCGUGUUCGGCCUCAGCUCCACCGACCUCCUGCUGCACCUGGGGGCUGAGGAGAUCUGCAGCUCCUCCGGGCCCUCCGAUCGCUUCUCUCGGAUCCUGCGGCACGUCCUGACCCAGCGCAGUUUUUACCCGCUGUACCCGCCCCCCGAGGGGCUCCCCCUGCACCUCGAGGCUCUGGGCGCCUUCGUGGCGCUGCCGGUGACCCCGGACGUGCUGGUGACGCCCUCGGAGCUCCGGUUCUUCAUCAAGGACGUGCUGGGCUGUGUCUGCAUCAACCCCGGGCGUUUGACCAAGGGCCAGGCCGGGGGCACCUACGGGCGGCUGCUGCUGCGGAGGGACGGACACGGGGACAGAACCACGGACGGACGCGGGGACAGAACCACGGACGGACACGGGGACAGAACCACGGACGGAUGCGGGGACGGAACCACGGACAGACCUGGGGACAGACACGGGGACAGAACGAUGGACAGACACGGGGACAGAACGAUGGACAGACACGGGGACAUUCCCGGGGCCGCCCCCCGGAUCAGCCCCUGCGUGGCCGCCCAGGUCGUGCGGAUCUGAGCUGCAGCUCUGCCCCUUCCCAAACAGGGCUGUGGAACUGGGGUGAAACUGCUGGAACUGGGGUUGAGACUCCUGGAAUUGGGUUAAAACUCCUGGAAUUCUGGUUAAAACUCUUGGAACUGGGGCUGAAACUCCUGGAAUUGGGGUUGAGACUCCCGGAAUUGGGGUGAAACUCCUGGAUUUGGGGUUGAGACUCCUGGAAUUGGGGCUAAGAUUCCUGAAAUUUGAGCUGAAAUCCUGGAAUUGGGGUUAAACUCCUGGAAUUGGGGUUUAAAUGCCUGGAAUUCCUGUUAAAACUCCUGGAAUUCCGGUUAAUAUUCCUGGAAUUCUGGUUAAAUGCCCCAAAAUCGUUCUGCCCGUGGAGGAUUUCCCCAGGAGAAUUUGGGAUCCGGGAAUUUGGGAUUCAGGAAUUUGGGUGUGGGACCCUCCCUGUCCUGGGGUCACCCCUUGCCUUUGGUGGCCUCAUUAGGGGACUUGGGGUUUAAUUAAUCCCAAACCAAUUAAUUAAUUACGGAUUCCUGGUGCUGCUGCAGGUCCGGCUUUGACCUUUUUCCCACAUUUUUUACCCCAAAUUUGUGAUGAUGAAGGUGAAAAUUAAUUAAAGUUUCUGCCUGUCCUGG